GUGCAUUUCUACAUAUCCCUAAUCCUUAUUAGAACCUAAUUUAAAAUUAAAUUAAACUUCAGCAUCUAGAUUCAAAAUAAUGAGUUAAUGGGGAUUUCUUGUUAUAACAAGUUUCCAUCAUCUAUUUACAAUACAAUUCACUCACAUAAUUCAUAAUGAAGGUUAAAUUGAAACUCCCUCAAUUAUGACUCAAUAAGUCAAAGUGCUCCUUCAAUUUUUCAAACAAACUUACCAAUAAAUUUUCAUUUACUUUUUACAAUGAAUUCAAGUACAUCACCCCACCAGCACUCUCCUUUUCCAUCCUAUGGUGAAAUACACCAGCAGCAGAUGAGCCCCGGCAGCAAUUCUCAACAAAUGCUGCCUUCGGGGGGCAACGGAAACGGCCAGCAGCAGCAAAUGGUUGGCAAUCAGCAGAUGGGCGGCGGUGCUGGUGCAAAUCAGCAGCAGAUGAUGUCAGGCGCGGGCGGCGCUGGUUCUAAUCAGCAGCAUUUGCAGCAGAUGUUCCAGUUUCAACAGCACGGGCAACAGUUGGCGGCACAGCAGCAGCAGCAGCAGCAACAGCAAAUGACGCAGGGCUAUGUUAAUGGAACGCCGACGCAAGUUUCAGCCAUGGGAAAGUUGUGUGCAGGAUGCGGUUAUCGGAUAGAAGAACGAUUUUUACUUCUGGCAUUGGACAGGUAUUGGCACCAUGCAUGUCUCAAAUGCACUUAUUGCCAAGCCACAUUGGCAGAUUUGGGGGCUUCCUGUUUUAGCAAAAGAGGCAUGAUUCUGUGCAAGGGAGACUACCAUAG